GUUAAAUCAGUAGAACGUGUAGUGCAAUCGAAGUUAGAAGAAUAGAAGUGCAUAACCGUUAAAUCAGUAGAACGUGAAGUGCAAUCGAAGUUAGAAUAAGAGAAGACUGUCUCCCAUUAUAAUCAAGAAGUUAUAAUUCACUAUGUUGCUAAGGAUUUUUUCCGAAACUUAUAGAUUUUCACGCAACAUAGCUUUUCGAUAUUAUAGUGCGAAUCCGAUAAAAACUGUCAAAGUGCAAGUGCGUCAAGGUGUCGUAGUGGGCCGGGAGGAACGACUACCCAAUGGAGAACCCUACAAUGCUUUUCAAGGAGUACGCUAUGCAGUGCCGCCACUGGGAAAAUUACGAUUUCAGCCACCUCAGCCAUUGGAGCGCUUCGAAACGCCAGAGUUGGAUUGUACGCGAGUAAGAGAGCCAUCAGCUCAGCGUGAUCGUACGACAAACAAGUUUAUUGGGUCGGAGGAUUGCCUAUAUAUCAAUAUUUAUGUACCUGUCAAGUCUUCAUUGCAGCCACUUCCAGUUAUUGUUUGGGCACACGGUGGCGCCUUCACGUUUGGUCAUGGACAAAGCUUUCUGCCGCUCAGCUUAAUGAUGGAGGAUGUAAUUGUGGUAUCUAUAAAUUAUCGACUCGGCGUAUUGGGAUUUGGUUGUUUGCCAGAGAUUGGCUUUUGGGGUAAUGCUGGAGCCAAAGAUCAGCUACAAGCUUUGCGUUGGGUGCAAGAAAAUAUUGCGUGCUUUAACGGUGAUCCAGGCAACGUCACAUUGAUGGGAGAAAGCGCUGGUGGUGUUUGUGUAAACUUACAUACUUUGGGUUGCAAUGCAAAUAAACUUUUCCACAAGGCAAUCAUGCUGAGUGGUAUGGUAAAUAUUGAAUGGGCAUUUCAAAGAACACCACAAGAAAAAAUGUAUCGCUUGUGCGAAAUGCUUGGUUGUCCAUCAAAGGAUCCAAAAAAAAUUCUGGAAUUUUUACAAACAUCGGAAAAAGCAGCUGCUGAUAAGAUUUUGAGCAAAACGAACUCUCUAAUUUUACCAGAUGAACGGCGACGUUCAUCGCCGGUUCCAGUGUCACUUGUGCUGGAAGAUCCAAACAGUCCCGAUCCAAUUAUAAGCACGCCAGUCCUAGAUCUCAUGCGCACAGAAAACACACUCAACGUACCAACAAUCAUCGGCCAUAAUUCAGCCGAAGGCAUUAUGGUAAUUGAGCACUGGUUCAAAAAACUCGAUGAGGUCGAUCAGGAUCUUGAGCGUUUUCUUCCACGCAAUAUACCAUUACCUAAAGACCAUCCGCACAUGAAAGUCUUGGCAGAAAAAAUACGAAAAUUCUAUUUUGGCGGUGGCAAAGUCACUUUUGAGACACUUCAAGGUUUAUCGAAUCUUUUGUCGGAUUACAUUUGUGCCACUGACAUAAAAUUAGCAGUGGAAAUGCUUGCUACUUAUCAACCACAGGCUCCAAUCUACGCUUUUAAUUUCAAUUACAACGGUGCACGAGAUUAUUUUAAGCGAAUUAAAAAAUCUGAACAUUUGGAAGGUGCAUGCCACACCGACGAGCUCUUUUAUCUCUUUCAAUCAUUCACUGAUGAUCUGAGCACAUUUAACGAGCACGACCUACAAAUAACAAAACGAAUGAGUGCGAUGUGGGCAAACUUUGCGCGCCAUAGUGACCCAACGCCAAUGGACAGUGAUAUUACGAAGGAGCUCGGCUUCAGAUGGACGCCUGUGGGAAAACCUGCAGUGGGAAGUGAUUUGGGACAGGAUUAUUUAAUAAUUGAUCGACACAUGCGCAUGCAAGAUGAACCAGCAAAAGAACGUGGUGAUUUCUGGCGAGAGAUAUAUCGCAGUUAUCCACCCUUGGAUUAUUCGGUUAUCAAUUAGAAGUUUAUUAGUGAAAACAUUAUAACGUUAUUAAGUUUAGAAUAAAAAUAAAUCUCAUUCCGAAAGAGUCUGCGACUAACA